UCGUCAAAAAGCUAGCAAGCUAACAGAUAGCCGGUAGAUGUUUUCCUGUUCAUGUCUUGCCGUAGCUUGUCUUUACCGUGUUAAAUUUAUACCGUCUCUGCAGCAGGCUAGAUCUGUCACUUUAAAGGCUGUAACAUUACCCGACCUUGUGCUGGUGCUCAGCUGCCGGUACAGAGCCCCUCUGCCCGGUGUCGCCCUGCACAGAAGGCACUACUCCAGAAACAGACAAAUGCCCAAAAAGGUGAAAGAACAGCUGGCAGGUUGUGGAGGAGCGGCCGUAGCAGAAGCCUGUGGUCCAGUAACCAAAGACAAAAGUGGUGCUGUAACCAUAAGAGUUCAUGCAAAGCCCGGCUCCAAACACAACAGCAUCACAGAAGUUUCUACAGAGGCAGUAAGUGUUGCCAUCUCAGCACCACCUACAGAUGGAGAGGCCAAUGCUGAGCUUAUUCGCUACCUGGCUGAGGUUCUGGGCCUGAAGAAAAGUCACGUGUGUCUGGACAAGGUUGCUGAAACGGGUCCAGGUCCAGAGACAAAGUCAUCAAAGUGGACUCUUCUCUCAGUCCAGAGGAGGUGUUGAGGAAACUCAGACAGGCUGUAGGCUGACAAGAUGGAUGUCAGUUUCCAGCAGUCAUCCAAACUUACCUGGAUCUGUGUUUAAAGUAAUUGUCCCUACAACUAAUAAACUAAUAGCUGGUUGUGCCACCUUUGACAGCAGGAACUGCUAACCAAGUUUGGGAUACAUGGGAAUGAGUCAUUUACAAUUUGCUGUGCGAAAUUUUGGAAUGACAUGAACAGCCUGUUUAAGGUUAUUCCAAAGUGAGUUUUCCCUUGGAACUCUACCAUGGAUGCUAUUUUUGUGUAGUCUCUUAUAGGUGUUUCAUGAACGGGAGGGGGUGGGUGUUCUGUAUGAAGUAGGCAAAAGCGGAAUAAAAUUGAAAAUUUUGAAACCA